AUGUUCAAAAGGAAGUCAUUCACUACAAAAUAUGCCAUCAUCGUGGGUGUGAUAGUCUAUGUCUACAUCUAUAUACUACCCAUACAAAAGCAGCAUUUGAUUCCUCAGGCAUCAUCAGCAUCAACACCAAUUGCAAGCGCUGAUGAUCACAUCCUAAAAGAGAAUGCCUAUUUGGGCAAUUGUCUUGGAGCCAACGUUGAGCGAAAUGUAGACAAUAACCACCGAGAUAGCAACCGAGCUUACUGGAACCAACUCUCUGACAUUUCAAUGGACAGAUACAAAUUUGGAUGGAAAGACUUUGUUCGCCAGGAAAGAACAAAACCACAGCCUACAAGAUGGGAAGACGAGAAGGGCAUAGUCUUUGUAGCAGGCAACGAUGACACAAUGAAGCGCACGGUUGGCACAAUUCGACUAUUGCGUUCCUUUGAAUGCACAUUACCCAUUGAAAUCUGGCACAUGGAACAUGAAGCUCAGGAUGCUACUACAUUUACCAGCAAACUACAAGCACUAGGCAACGUGAGGUUGCGUGAUCUUUCUGAUUUUGGAUUGCCUAGAUCCAUAAGUAGGAUAAGAAAUCGGGGCAAACAAUUUCAGGUCAAGGCAGCAGCCAUCAUCAACUCUCGAUUUCAACAUGUACUCUACCUUGAUUCAGACAACAUACCAACCCGCGACCCUACAUUUCUAUUUGACUCAACCGAGUACAAGCAAAUAGGAGCACUAUUUUGGCCCGAUUUCUGGAAAACAGCAGCAGAAAACAAGAUAUUUCAAUUACUCGAAAUUGAAUGUAUAGACACUUGGGAGCAAGAGUCUGGUCAGAUUGUAGUGGACAAGGCAAGACAUUGGAUACCUUUGCAACUAAGUUGGUUCAUGCAGUACUUCCAUGAGGUUUAUUUUCGACUGUUGAAUGGAGAUAAAGAUACAUUUCAAUAUGCAUGGCGAGCAUUGGAUGCGCCAUUUUAUCGCAUAGAGACGUUUGUAGGUAUGGGAGGACUGAUGUUGAAUGGGACAUUUUGCGGUCAUAGCAUGCUUCAGUAUGCAGUGGAUGGAAAUGAUCACCCACAACAACCUUUAUUUGUGCAUGCAAACUUGAUGAAACAGAUCCCAAAAUCGGUCUUCCUUGGCAACAGUGGUGAUAUUGAAAAGCAACGUCCGUGGCAUCUUAUCAAACGAUACAGAGAUGAUCGAUCCAACAAUUUCCUAAAGCCAGAAUUUUACACAGUGGGAAAUACGACCAUUGGAUGCAUGAACUUUGCUAGUAGAAAAUUUGAAAAUGAAUCGCCUAGCUAUGUGGAGUCAUUUGAUGAGGUAUUGCCAUCAUUUCAAGACGAAUAUUUUAGAUUAGGAGGCAUUGGAGGCUAUGAAUAA